GGCAUCGGGUCACCAGGUAUGACAGCGGCCACUGGGUCACUAGGCAUCAGGUCAUUUGGCUUGCCAGCAGGCACCGCGUCAUCUGGCAAGGCAGUGGGCACCGAGUCACCAGGCACGACAGUGGGCUCUGAGUCAAUUGGCACGACAGCGGGCACCGGGUCAUCAGGUACCGGAUCGUCUGGCUCGACAGCGGGCAUCGGGUCACCAGGCAUGACAGCGGGCACUGGGUCAUCAGGCAUUGGAUUGUCUGGCUCGACAGCGGGCAUCGGGUCACCAGGUAUGACAGCGGGCACUGGGUCACUAGGCAUCAGGUCAUUUGGCUCGCCAGCAGGCAUCGCGUCAUCUGGCAAGGCAGUGGGCACCGAGUCACCAGGCACGACAGUGGGCUUUGAGUCAAUUGGCACGACAGCGGGCACCGGGUCAUCAGGCAUGACAGCGGGCACUGGGUCAUCAGGCAUUGGAUCGUCUGGCUCGACAGCGGCAUCGGGUCACCAGGCUGGAUCAGUUCAUAAGGUUGGAUAGGGACAUCAGGCUGGGUAGGGACAUCAGGCUGAAGUGCGGGUGCCGAGGCACCAGGC